CCGAUUGCUCUUAUGAUCUAUCACUCUUGAAGACCCUUUUCUCUGCUAGAAUACAGUUCUAGGAUCACAUCUCUACUCUGUACUCGACUCUCUACCUGGCCUACCCUUGGAUACUGCUGGUAUCGCAAGUGGCUACCCUUUUGCUUCCCCACCCACACCAUGUCUACGCCUCUUUCUCCUUUGACACCGUCGCGUCAGAAUUCGCGGUUCCACUCGCCUAAAUCGCCUAAAUCGCCCAAAUCUGCGAAAGGGCAGGGGAGUAUUGACGACAUGUUGGACACAGAGGAAUACCCCGAAAACACCUUCUCGAGUCCUUUCAAGGUGGACCCUCACGCGCACGAGCCCCAGACAGACGAUGACGAUGGCCAAUCCAUGGCCGAAGCACCGAGUUCGCCGUUCCAGUACGAUGGCAGAGACGAUACCGUCGACUUUCGGAUGCUGCGGCAACAGAGACAAACGUCGCUAGCACCCAGUGAGCAUUCCGCGACGCCUCGGAAACGAUCCUAUGAAUAUGCGCCGGAUGAAGAUGGCCGCGACGAUACGGAUUUUGACGGACGGUAUAAGAAGGGGGCGAACCGGAGGGAUGAAUCAGAUAUCGAUAUCCACGCCGAUGAGGAUGCGAGUUUCUUGAACGAGCAGAAAGCAACAGAUUAUGCUGGGCAGCAGGAGGCAGGCAGUAAUAGCAUGAUGGAAGAGAAGCAUAAUGAAGGCAUGAGCACCGUGCUCCAAGGCGACGGCGCUUCUGACGAGAAGGAAGACAACGACGACGCUGAAGACGACGCUAUGACUGAUGACGAAUUUCACGACUCGAUUGAUGAUACUCACCUGAGUACUUUCUCUGCUGUUCCCAAUGCGGAUAUGACAUCGUUUGCGAACCUGCGCAGGGAGUCGCCCACCAAGGCCAUGCGAGAUUAUACUUCGAAUAACCCGGCACCAGGGCCGGGGACACCCAGUCAGGCCCGAAUGUCGAACCGAAGGAGUACUUUGAUCGACCUGGAUACGCCGGCCGGUUCGCCAUCGCCCAGGCAGAGGGAAUAUAGAGACUACGGAAACCCCAGCGGCACACCCAAAGUUCUGGGCCUUAUGAAUCAGCCCGGUCUCUCGCCACGUCCACGGUAUAGCAUGCAGAAUGAGCGUUACUCCCCCACGCGGCGGUCACCUUUGAGGAUGGCGCGUGAGUCCAUGCGCUCCCCCGGCAAGGCGUCGUUGCUGGACUUUGACCUUCUCCCGCCCCCGACCCCCCGAUCCAUUCCUACGGUGACCCCUCGUGAACUUGAGUCUUUGAAAUCCAAUUUCAUGUCGGAGAUCUCUUCGCUCAAGGCGACCCUGAGUGGGAGAGAAGCCGAAGUGUCUAGUCUAAAGCAGGCAGUGGCGGACGCUGAGCGGCGCGUUGGAGAAGCCAUGGAGCAAGUCCGCAACGAAGCGGCACGGAAAGAUGAAUUGGAGAUUGAACAGGCCGAAUGGCAGCGACGGGGAGAGGAGAUGGAGACUGUGCUGCGCGAAGUGAAGGCAGACAUUGUGGAAGGGGAGCAUGAAAAGGCACGACUGGUGAAGAAAGUGGAGGAAGUCGAGAAGAGCAAGGAACAGCUGGAAGGCCGGAUGGUGGAAUUGGAAAGCCAACUGGAUGCUGCUCGGAAGGCAGCUGAAACUAAACCCCCUUCCUCCCCUGGUGCUUCUACGGAAACAUCUACGGCUAGUGGCAAUACUAAGACAGCGGAGGAGACUGCCCGUGAAGUCCAGGAAGCCGUCGAGAAGGUGGCCCGGGAGCUCCACACGCUGUACAAGGGCAAGCACGAGACCAAGGUUGCCGCAUUGAAGAAGAGUUACGAGUCGCGGUGGGAGAAGCGCGUUCGGGAAUCCGAGAACAAGCUGAAGGGCGUGCAGGAGGAGAACCAGCGGAUGAGAGAGGAACGUGAGAAGACGGCAGCUACCGAGACAGCCGCCAACCACGAUGAGAUCACCAACCUGGUGGCCCGUGCCAAUGAUGAGCACGAAGCCGAGAAGCGGGUGCUGGAGGCCCAGAUCAAGGGACUGCAGCAGGAGAUGGCGGCGCUACGGGAGGAUCGGGAACGGCUCCAGGGCGACUUGGAGAUGGAACGGGCGGAAAAGGGAGAAUUGGUGGCUGCGGUUGACGAAUGGUUGGCCAUACAACAACCCGGUCAGCAGCCUUCUGAACAUGCUGAACCUGCCGAACGCACUGAACGUACCCCUAGUCCGUACGAAGCGGCAUCGCCAGAACCCACGCGGAGGCCAUCGCCGGAACCAGUGAUGGAGGAUUUCCGGCGGAGUGUGAGCCACAGUCACAGUACCAGCGCCAGCAGCAGUACCAGUGGAUUACGCCCACCCAGCGCCACGGGGUCAAAUGGGGGGGUCGAAAAGGAGAGGAAAAGGGCAAUCCCUAGGAUUGGAGCAAAGACGCCACGGGGAAAUAGUGGGGGGAAGUCUGGGAUAGCAAUGUUCACGCCGGGACGGAGUGGGAUCAUGGGAUCGAUUGAGCGGAUGGGACGGGGUGUUUAGUUUUCUGUUAUUUGCCUCUAUUAUGAUGAUGAGUACGACCUGUUAUUUUGUUAUUCUUGUUUUAAGUACAGAUAUCCUGGAUAGUUUUAUGAUGAUACAAUUUACUGGAUCGAUCAACGUGUACCAUGACAGUGCACUGAGCAACAUGAC